AUGACAACUUCAAUUAGCUCUAACGCUUUUGAUACAUCUACUGACAUGAAAGGGUUGCAUGUCAUAGAGUUUAUUACUAAUGACCAACCCUAUUCAACAGAAAAGGAUAUAUUCCAAACGGAUGAUGGUUUACCUUGUGAUGAUGCUCAUUUCUUUGAUGAUGGAAUCAUCGAGACCGCUGCAGCCGUCGUUGCUGAAGAUUUAGACGCUGACGCUGGCGAUGAUGCUGAGAUAAAAAAGGCGGCUGAAGAACAAGAGAAACAGCUGCGGUAUAAAGAAGAAGAGUUACAAGAACUCUACGAAACGUUUGCAGAAUUAGAAGAAGAAUUACACGAG